UCGUUCAAAUCAAUUGUAUUUCGAGAUGUCACUGGUCGUUGGCCAUUGGUGGAUAUUUUAAGAAAUCACAUGACUUUGUAGUUUGUAAUUAUUAUCAAUCUAGGCUAUCACUCACAGGCUUCCUGCAGCGGCUUGAUAAAUAAAAGUUCUAAACAGCGGCAAGUUCAGAUCGAUGGACAGACAGAGCCUGACAGAGGUGUGAGAAGACAGAGGGAAGUUGUUUUGUUAGACAACGGCUCGCUUUACACGUCAGAUGAUGAAGUUGUGGCUACCACUUUUGUUUGCCGUCUGGCUGUCAGCUGUAUGUGGAAGGGACAAUAACCAAAAGCGGCCAAACAUCAUCUUUGUCCUAGCAGACGACUACGGCUUCAACGACAUCGGCUACCAUGGCUCACAGAUUUUCACUCCAAAUCUUGACAAGCUGGCGUCUGACGGAGUAAAACUAGAGAACUAUUAUGUCCAGCCCAUCUGUACACCCACUCGUAGCCAGCUCAUGUCUGGAAGGUACCAGAUCCACACAGGCCUCCAACAUGCCAUCAUCUGGCCAGAACAACCCAACGGUCUUCCCCUGGACAGCCCAACAAUGGCGGACAAGAUGAAGGAGGCCGGUUACGCCACACACAUGGUGGGAAAAUGGCACCUGGGAUUUUACAAGGACGAGUACUUGCCCUGGAACAGAGGAUUUGACUCCUACUUUGGGUACCUGACGGGCAGCGAGAACUACAACAACCACAAGCGGACCUUCAUGGACGGCAAGUGGUACCUGGAUCUGUGUGACCAGGACGGACCGGCUCACAACGAGAGUGGACAUUACUCUGGUCAUCUGUUCACGGAGAAGGCUAUUGAUGUGGUGCAGGCUCAUGAUCCCAGUAAGCCUCUGUUCAUGUACCUGGCCUACCAGUCGGUCCACUCCCCCCUCCAGGUGCCCAAGCCGUACGAGAGGAAAUACAAACACAUCAAGGACAGGAACCGAAGGAAAUAUGCAGGGCUGGAAGGCCUCUCUCUGGGAGGGUGGGUUCCACGGUGUGGGUUUUGUCUCCGGCGGGAGGCUUCCGGUCAGUGGAGUGGUCAACCGAGAGCUGAUCCACGUCUCUGAUUGGUUCCCCACGCUGGUGGGCCUGGCACAGGGCUCCCUCAACGGAACGAAGCCUUUGGACGGAGUUGACCAGUGGGACACCAUCAGACCGGCGUACAUCCCCUGGCAAGAACGUGUGGUUGUUCAACAUCACAGCUGACCCGACCGAGCACCACGACUUGUCUGACCAGAUGCCGGACAUGGUUCGGACCCUCCUGGGAUAUCUACAGCGGUUUAACGAGACAGCCGUGCCUGUACGGUACCCACCUUAUGACCCAAGAAGUAACCCAGCCCUGCGCGGCGGAGUUUGGGGGCCAUGGGAGUAGUCUGCCUUUCAUCUUUUUUUUUUCUGUCCUGAAAUAUGUCACUGUUGCCUUAUACAUUUUAACUGUUUGCUAACAAAUCGUAUGUUUAUGAGUCACAAGCUGUUUUGAAGUUGACUGUUUUUCAGUUUUUGUUGAAGAUUGUAAUUUUUAUUGAGAUUUUCAUGUCACUGACCAGCCAAAACGAAGAGACCAAAAGUGACCGUUGUAUUUACUUUUGUGCUGACCUCAUCAUGACUGUGUCUGAUUGUGGAAAUACUACAGCUUUGUCUAAGGUUUAAAGUGGUCAUAUUUACUUAAUAUCUUUUAUUUGUUCCUUUUUAAAAAAAAUGUAGAAUGUUAUUGGUUGUCGCCGGUAGGUCCUACUUCUUAUCUUUCUGUCUGGUGUUUACAUCUGUCUGUUUUUCCGUUAGUGUUACUUAAAUGUCUGUUACUGUGUUGACCCGAUUCUCUUUGCUCAAACUCAACUCCGACCUGUUUUGACGGUUUCCUGUUGUCUACGGCAGUCUGAGCCACAGCUGGAGGUACCGCCCUUCCAAGGGUAAAAACAAUGUGCAUGAACAUAGAACUCAGAAAUGUGUGCAAUAAUUUUUUAAUGUUUUUUUUGGUAAGUGUUUUACGGCGCUCACAACUGCAUCAGGUCAUAUGAGCGCGGCACAUUUUCAGUCGGUAGGAAAUUUUUAAUUUUGCCCUUGUGGAGGCCGAAGCCUACUCUUAUCGAAUUUCGACGCCACUGGUAGUUUCUACUUAUUUUUGACCCCCUCCGUCGACGCCACUGGUAGUUUCUACUUAUUUUUGACCCCCUCCGUUGUCGCCACAGAAUUUUAAGAUGUUUUAUUCAUGUUGUAUUUUGUUUAGUAUGACUUUCACCCAAA